AUGGCAAUGGAUAUAAAACGAUUGGCAACGCGUAAUAUACUUCAAAAAGUUUUCAAUUUAACGACACCAUCAAAUGAACAACAAUUAUCUUCAACUUUAACUGUACCAUCAGCAAAUAAAAAUCCGCGUUUAUCAAGCAGUGUAGCUUCUGACACGGCUAUUAUUAAUCAAAGUCCUCGCGUAUCAACUUACGCUUUUGGUCCGAUAAAAAAAUUCGAUUUUUCACGUGCACAAAAACUUCUUCAAUUAGAACUUACUCGUCGUUGUGCUAAAAUACCAAGAAAUGUUCGAUAUGAUUCGAAAGUAUCCAGUGAUCUUGCUCAUGAAUUAGCUCAACAAUUACGUCGAGUUUUAAAAGUAGAUCAUCUUAAUUAUGCACGAUAUAAAAUUGUUGUACUUAUCUCAAUUAUACAAACGGCACCUAAUAGACAGAUACAUCAGUCCUUGGCAGUUGUAUCAAGAUGUUUAUGGAAUCGGGAUACUGAUGGAUCAGUAACAGCACAAACUAAAUUAGGUUAUGAUAUGGUUGCUAUUGCAACUGCAUUUGUAGUUUACGCUGAUUGA